AGCUGCUUCGGGCUUCUGUGGACAUGGCCGCAAGAUUCCUGGUUCCCCUGCCAGCACUCGUGGGGCUAUUGCUCUUCCUGUGCGUUCAACCGGGGGCUGAAGGUGGGAAGGUGCUGGUGGUGCCCAUGGAUGGCAGCCACUGGCUCAGCAUGAAGGAGGCCGUGCAGGAACUCCAUGGCAGAGGCCACCAAAUGGUGGUCGUUUCGCCAGAGUUGAACAUGCAUAUCAAAGAAGAGGAUUUUUUCACCCUGACUACCUAUGCCAUUCCAUACACCCAGGAUGAAUUUAAUCAUCUCCUGCUGGGCCAGACUUACCUGGUUUUUGAAAGAAUGCAUUUUCUAAAGAUGUUUUGGAACUCUGUGGAAAGUUUAAAGAGUGUUGCUUUGGUUUUUCAAAGGUCUUGUGAGGAGCUCCUGCGUAACAAGGAGCUGGUCAGGCAGCUGAAUGCCAGCUCCUUCGAUGUGGUUUUAACUGACCCCGUUUACCCCUGUGGAGCAGUACUAGCUAAGUACCUGUCACUACCUGCUGUGUUUUUCUUGCGUUCCAUUCCAUGUGGCUUAGAUUUUGAGGGCACACGGUGCCCAAACCCUUCCUCCUAUAUUCCCAGGUUAUUAACAAUGAAUUCAGACCACAUGACGUUCCCGCAAAGGGUCAAGAACAUGCUCUACCCUCUGGCCCUGAAGUACAUUUGCCACAUCUCUUUCACUCCUUAUGCAAGCCUUGCGUCUGAGCUUCUUCAGAGAGAGGUGUCAGUGGUGGACGUUUUCAGCUUCGCAUCCAUGUGGCUGUUCCGAGGAGACUUCGUCCUGGACUACCCCAGGCCAAUCAUGCCCAACAUGGUCUUCAUUGGGGGUAUAAACUGUGGCCACAGGAAGCCAUUGUCUCAGGAAUUUGAAGCCUAUGUUAAUGCUUCCGGAGAACAUGGAAUUGUGGUCUUCUCUUUGGGCUCCAUGGUCUCAGAGAUUCCCGAGAAGAAAGCUAUGGAAAUUGCUGAUGCUUUGGGCAAAAUACCUCAGACAGUCCUGUGGCGGUAUACCAGCACUCCCCCACCAAAUCUCGCGAAGAAUACAAUACUUGUCAAGUGGUUGCCCCAGAAUGAUCUGCUUGGUCACCCGAAGACUCGGGCCUUUAUCACACAUUCUGGCUCCCAUGGCGUAUAUGAGGGAAUUUGCAAUGGCGUUCCAAUGGUGAUGCUGCCCUUGUUUGGUGAUCAGAUGGACAACGCGAAGCGCAUGGAGACCCGGGGGGCUGGAGUGACCUUGAACGUCCUGGAAAUGACUUCUGAAGAUUUAGCAAAUGCCAUAAAAACUGUCAUCAAUGACAAAAGCUAUAAGGAGAACAUCAUGCACCUCUCCAGGCUACACAAGGACCGCCCCAUUGAGCCCCUGGACCUGGCUGUGUUCUGGGUGGAGUUCGUGAUGAGGCACAAGGGGGCUCCACACCUGCGCCCUGCAGCCCACGAUCUCACCUGGUACCAGUACCACUCCCUGGAUGUGAUCGGCUUCCUCCUGGCCAUUGUGCUGGGGGUUGUCUUCAUCACUUAUAAAUGUUGCGCCUUGGGCUACCGGAGGUGCUUUGGGAAGAAAGGACGAGUUAAGAAACCUCACAAAUCCAAGACACACUGAGAAGUAGGUGGGAAAUGAGAUGACCCAAAGGUGCAACCAGAGGCAACGUUAAAUUCAUGUUCUGCUUAUUAAAGAAAUACUUAGCCCUGAAUGAGAUACCCCUGAGUGUUUUCUUAAAAAUAAAAACAAUCUAAUUGCUAGUGAUACCUA